GAUACAGGUAACCAGUCAUCAUGGCACACCUGUCGGUAUUAGUGCUGUUUGGGUUAGUUGUUACCCAAAUUAAAGCCAAUGGAUUCUUAGGGGGCUCUAUGAGUUUUUCUCUUAGAGGGGAGAAGCCUGAUGGAUCCGUUGAGGUGGACUUUUAUUACAGGGAGUACAGAAAGGAAAGCUGUGACGAUCAGCUCAGCUGGCAAUGCCAGAGUGGCGACUGUGGUACCCUGAUUAAGUCAGAGGUUCUCAUCAAUGAAGCCAACUCAAGUGUUGCGGCUUCGUGCCAGUCUGAGGGUCAUAUGACAAGAGAAUUCUCUACGAAUUCACCUUUCAUUUUAAGGGAUUCAGGAUGCUGUUGGGAUUCUAACGUGCAUGGGGCACGUAACUGGUCACUGACCACACUGGUUGAUGUGGGAACACGGGCAGACACAUACAGGCCAAACAGAUCACCUGUCUCUGCAACAGUCCCAAGGCUACGAAUCCCCCAGAAUUGCCCCCUAAACAUUGAGCUGUUGGUCCAUGACCCAGAUGGUGAUGAGGUGCGGUGCAGGUUUUCUGCAGAGGCAGGGGGAAACUCAUCAUGCUCAUCAUGUCACUCUCAUCCAAGCAUCAACCUAAACCAGGAGCGUUGCGUUCUAACUGAAAAUGGCUCGUUGCCUGUUGGAACACAUGUGUUUGAGAUGAUCUUGGAGGAUUACCCAGAAGAAGACAUAACCAUCACAUACACAGAUGGGACAUCUUCUGUCAGGCAUAAACUCAACAAGACUGCAAUGCUAAAUCCAUCCCCAAUAAGCCAGAUCCCUUUGCAGUUUACAGUGGAAGUUCUUUCUCCCAUGGAAAGCUGUUUAACUGGGAAGACAAGGCCACAGUUCCUGACUCCAACACCUUGGCAUGAAGAAAUUCAUAUGGCAGCUGUUGGCCAUAGAUUGGAGCUGAAACUCCGAGCGCAAUCCACAGACACCAGAAUCGUAGACUUCCAGAUCAGCGGGCCUCAGAAUAUGUCCAAAUCACUGACGAGUGAGAGCAACGGAAUUGUCAUGGCAACGCUGGAAUGGACACCACAGCAGAGUGAUCUCCAUCGCGAUGUUCCAGUGUGUUUCACCGCAGACACAGCGAUAAGCCAAUCAGAGAUGAGAUGUGUUGUGGUGAAGGUAAGAAAGUCAUUGCCACUGAAAGGUAAUGGGGAGGUUUCUUGCAAGGAGAACAUCAUAACCAUAACCGUGAGCAAAGCAUCCAUGCCGGGCAUAAAUGAUACAUGGCUUCAUAUGAUCGACCCCUCUUGCACGCUGACCUCCAAUGACACACAUAUCAUGGGCACAAUAUCAAUUAACACUUGUGGGACACAGAUGGAGGAAGAAGGUGAUUACAUUACUUUCAAAAAUGUCAUCACCUCAUUUGAUGAACCUGGAAAAAUCAUUACUAGGAGGGGCCAUGUCACGGUUGGGUUCUCUUGUCAGUACCCUAAGGUCAUGAGUGUCAGUAGCCACUAUCUGAACAAAAAAUCAGACUAUGUUUUCACUGAGGCCAGCUUUGGAACCUUUGGCUACACUUUUGAAGUGUUUACGGAUGCCAACUUCACCACUGUGAUCGCCCCAGCCUCAUAUCCAGUAGAGUACGAACUGCUGGACAUGAUCUUUAUGGGCAUCAAAUCUCACUCCGCACUUCCAAACACACAGAUGUUUGUGGAGUCCUGCAGAGCCACACCUACAGCUAACCCAAGGGACCUUGUCUACUACAACAUAAUCAGCAAUGGGUGCGGUGUUGAUGAGACUUUGAUAGAAUUUCCACAUGGUCCAUUGAAUUAUAAUUUUGAGAUCCAAGCAUUUAAGUUCACAGGAGAAUUUGAUGAGGUGUUCAUCAGCUGCUCAGUGAUUCUGUGUGAGGCCGGCAACCCAAACUCCAGGUGUGCUCAGGGCUGUGUGAGCGACGCCUCUCGCAGGCGUAAGAGAGACACCGCUCUCGAGACAGCAAGCCAUUUCCUCACUAUGGGUCCAUUUCGGACGGCUAGAGACGCUCAACAUCGGUCAGGUCAACAGCAAGUUGCCAGCCAAGAUGGCUCUGGCGCUACUUCCAGUUUGAACGAGAAAGCAAAUACCUCAGCUUUUGUUCUCGGUGGUCUUCUCAUGGCUUCGCUUGUGCUGCUGGUGGGACUCCUACUCUACCGGAAUCACAAAUACCGAACCCUCAGCCAACAGAGCCUCUUGUUUUAAAAUCUUGUUAUCCUUGCCUUAUCAUUUACUACCAGAGUUCUGAAAGUCAUGGAUAAAGCCACGUAAUAAUAAUAAUAAUAAUAAUAAUAAUAAUAAUAAUAACAGAAUGUGUCCACAUGCUGUAAUACACAUUCUGUAUAUAAUUUGAUGAAAUGCAGAAAUUGUGACCAAACUAAAACUCUUCUUGGUAAUGCAAAAGAUGGCAGUUUCUGAAAUAUCUUAAAAUCAACUGUGUCUUUCAUACUCAGGGGCAUUAAGGGCCUUGUGUCCACCAAACUUGUGUCCGCCAACCGUUUUUUCCUGCAGCGCUCAGAGCGCUGAAAGUUUAAAUCUGCUCAACUUUUAGAACAGCACUGAGCUUGUCGAUGUCACUUCUCUCUCGAUGACCAAUCAAAGUUGAAGAGGGGGAAACCUCCUAACCUCACAAGUCCUGAGAGUGCUGACAGAAGCAUCGAGAGGAGGUUGAGGGCACUGUCAGAGCAAGAAACGUGAUUGGUGGACACAGGGCCUAAAGGGAUUAAUGCUAGCCUAAGUAGUUUUUUGCUUUAAAAUAAUCUUACAGGGAUACACACUUAAACUUCCCAGUGAUUAUGGUGGUGGUAUACUGUCAUAAUGUUUCCCUUAUGCAACUCUGAGUAUGAUUGUGGCAAAAUACUGUAUUAAUAUGUUUACACUUAUACAUAGCUACAUGUAUUUCUUCUGCGUCAAACAAGGAAAUAAAUGGGCAUUAAAGAAACAUUAAAUCUA